AUGACGACUCAAUCGACCAAUUAUUAUGAAAAUUCUCAGGAUUUUCUGGACGACGUCCAGUACUCCAAACACGGAGUCAAGAAAUACGAGUGGAUCUUCGGAGAGGGAUAUCUGUCCACUGGCGGACUCGAGACCACUAAAGAGAUUAUACCGCUUCUGGAGCUGAAGAAAGGUCAGCGUGUGUUGGAUGUGGGCUGCGGUUUGGGUGGACACGACUUCUUUAUGGCCGAAAACUAUGGCGUAAUUAUCGAUGCGAUCGACUUAUCGAAGAACAUGAUGUCCGUAGCUUUGCAUCACUUCAACAAAAAGCCACAAAUCGCUAACAAUAUUAAGUUCCGUAUCUGUGAUGUGACGGCCACUCAAUUCCCGGAAAAUUAUUACGAUGUGAUCUAUAGUAGGGAUGCGUUGCUCCACAUCAGAGAAAAGCCCCAAUUAUUUCAGUCGUUCCUCCGAUGGCUAAAACCCGGCGGACGAGUUGUCUUCACGGACUACUGUCGCGGAGAAUCCAACUCUUAUUCUCAAGAGUUUGAAAAUUAUGUCAAACAAAGAGAUUACACUUUGUAUAAACUAUCCGAAUAUAACACUCUUAUUAAAAAUACGGGAUUUGUUAAUGUAUUGGCCGAAGACAUCAACGAUAGGUUUGUCGACUCUCUUAACAGAGAACUCAAGAAACUUUAUUCCGAAAGAAAUGACUUUUUAAAAGAGUUUAACGACGAGGACUAUAAGGACUUAGAGGACGGUUGGGUCGCGAAGAUUAAACGCGCCAAAGAUGGUCACCAGACUUGGAGUCUUGUUAGAGCCUAUAAACCUAUUAAUUAA